AUGGCGACGGCAAGAAAAGGGAGAGAGCUUUUUACUAUUUUGGAAACUAACGCGGACGCAGAAAGUGGCACGGAGCGCCACGACCGGGACUCCCCGCUUAACCUUUCAGCCGAUGUGAAGUGGUUUGAGAUCGCCGACAGAAUGAAGCCGGACUCGGACGAGGAAGACGAGGGAGAAGCAGGGGAGGCGGAGGACGGCGAGGAGGGGGAGAAUGGACGCGGCGGCGCGGCGGAGGCUGCAGACGCGGCCAGCUUCCUGGCAGGAGGCGGCUGCAACAUAAUCGUGGUGACCGGCAGCGCCACGAACGGGAUCGUCACGCACGACGACGAGGACUACGCCGAUUAUUCCACCAACUGCUCGGACACCAACUCCAACGACUCGGAUAUUGAUUUCUCCGAUUUGGAAGCGGAGGAGGAGGAGCGCAGGAGCUUUUUCAGCCUUGACGAGGACCCGGACCAGGACUGCACUGCUCCCGACUUCUGGGGUGAACCAGACCAGGACAUUUCAAUCGAGCCCUUCGCAUCCGUGUGUGGCCCGCAGCACUCGCUGGGGGAUGAAGCUGACACCCGUGACUAUUUCCGGAUACUCUUCCCAGAUUCUCUUUUUGAACACAUGGUGGAACAAACAAACAGUUACGCCCUCUAUCGGCAAAGGAGGAGCGGGAAGUCAGACCCCCAUUGGCACCCCACUGAUGUCAGAGAGAUGAAAGCUUAUGUGGGUCUGAACAUCCUGAUGGGCAUAAAUCAGCUUCCUGACACUGGGAUGUACUGGGCCAGUGACAUUUUUAUUGGGAAUGCGGGCUUUAAGAAGACAAUGACGGCCAGGCGCUUUGAAAAACUCACUCAGUAUCUGCAGCUGUGUGACCGUGAGUCAGAGCCAGCACGAGGAGAGCGUGGAUAUGACGGCCUCUUCAAGAUCAGACCUUUCCUUGAUGUGGUGGAGAACACAAUGUGGGACGCGUACAUGCCCAACCGCUGUUUGACCAUAGACAAGUGUGCCAUUGUCACAAAGAGACAUUUCUCCCCCAACCAGGACAUGUCCUCCAAGCCUCUGAGGAAAGGGCUGACAGUGUGGAUGUUGUGUGACUCCCGCUCGGGGUACUGCCACCGGACCAAGAUUUAUGUAGGUAAGCCAAGCGAAGACAAGAUGGCGCUCUCCCUGGGCUACAGGGUGGUGACCUCCCUCGUGCGUGGCCUGGAGGGCCAGCACCACCAUCUCUUCAUGGACAGCUUCUUCACCUCAGUGCCUCUCCUCCAGAGGCUGCUGAGGGACAGGUUGUACGCAUGUGGGCCCACUCAGCCGGGGCGUAAAGGUUACCCCGAAGUCCUCCGGCCUCGCAAUGUUGGAAAGCUGUGCCAGGGUGAGUUUUAUCAAUGCCAACGAGGCAACCUGGUUGCUACGGUGACACGAGAUGUGAAGAUGGUCAGCUUCCUCUCCACCAACUCUGCCCCUGGAAUCGUGGGCAUCAGUCCGGGCCAUCAUCAGCAGCAGGAUGCUUAUGGAGAGGGCGAGAGUGACAGCUUGGACAGCUCAAGUCUGUCCUUUGGAGUACCACGACCUUUGCCCCUGCUGCUAUACCAGGAGAACAUGCGGGGUGUGGAUUUGUUCGACCAGCUGAGGGAGUGCUACCAGGUUGGGAGGCCAUGCAAGAAGUGGUGGCGCUACUUCCUGUGGUUCUACGUCAACCUGUGCAUCGUCAAUGCAUACAUAAUCACAAGGGAGAGUCGAGGGGGUGCACCGCCGGCGGGCUUCAACGGCAAGCAGUUCACACAGCGCCACUUUCGUGUGCGCCUGGCGCAGCAGCUGAUCGGAGACUAUCAAGGGGCAAGGGGCAUGGAGCGGGCAGCGCGCAAAAGACAUGCAGAUUCACCCAUCGAGUAUGGGCACCGGCUCGAGCGCAUGUCGGAGCGCUCCCGUCGUUGCAGGAACUGUACAAACAAGGGCCUGCGACAUGAAAGCGUAUUCGGCUGCAAGAUAUGCAACGUCCACCUAUGUAGAGGAGGUUGCUUCUCUGAGUUUCAUAAAUAG